AAUCUCUCCAACUAAGUCAGAGCAUCACUUCACAUGCAUCACAUGCGUAUUGACUGAUUAAGUGGCAGAAUCUUACAUUAAAAAAGUUUCAGCUGUGGUGUUUCCUAUUUGCAAACCAGUGGCUGAUAACAGAGAGUCGUCCCCAUGGCUUUUCUGUUCUUGCUUAUGCUGUGGGAUCUCACUGUUUUUAUUUAUGGUGUCACAUCAUGCAAUGUCACCUGCACAACAGACUACGAUGUUUCACUGAACUGUUCCUGUCUUCCUGGCUCUGUGCCGACAUAUCCUGUCCUCAUCAAAGUCAACUGCAGUGAUGGAGACAUGACCGUUAGUGACAUCUGUCAAGUUAAACCACCUCAGUCCUGGUGCAUGAUGCACCCAGAGGAUUUUUACGACGUUGCAGUUGUUGAGACCACCUGUACUGCGACAGUCAGUCAACAAGACAAUCAAGUAAUAAUGAGUGCGAGUGAGUCAAUCCCCUGGCUUCUGCGUAAUGUGGUGAAAUAUCCACCACCUAUCAAUGUUCAAGUGACAAACACUGAUGGGUUCUCCAACAUCUCGUGGGACGACAACAACGAAACAACAAAAGAACAUGACUGUUUUGAAUACAGAGUGCGCUUAAGAGCAAGCAGAACUUUCUACUCCAAGGAUCAAGAUAUUUCCUUUGAAGUGGCCCAAAAGUACUUUGCAUUAGACCAUAAGUACAAGGAACUGCAACCAAACACAAUCUAUACUGUGGAUGUUCAGGUCAAACCUUGUAGUAACUAUCUCUAUCUUGGUCCGUGGAGUGAGUGGAGUUCCACUACAGAAUGGCAGACUAAGGGAAUAUCUGAAGAGACUGAAGGUAUUAAACAAUCUUGGUUAUACAUCUCCUUGACUUGCAUCGUUGUUCUCAUCAUAUGCUUCUCGUUGGGUUGUUCACAAAAAACGGUUUUGCAGAGAAAACUCAAGCUGAUUACAUACAUCCCCAAGCCAGAGGAGUUUUUCAAGCCUCUCUACCACAACUAUGGAGGGAACUUCAAGGAAUGGGUGAAGCCUGCAUUCGGCGAGUAUGAUUACCAUGGAUUUGACAAAGACGUUGAGGCGAUAACUGAGAAGCAGCAUGACGUCCUUCACUGGAACAGUGAGAAACAAAGAUACAGUAAGGACAAGGAGAUGACACAAGACGGUCGCAUCCUCCCUAUGGUGGAACCUCACUACUCAAACUCACUGCUGCACUUCCAGGAAGGCAACAAUUCGCAGGGGACCGGCCACUCCACCGGACACAUCUCUAUCCAUACUGUAACCCUGUCUGGAGAAGAAGAGUUUGAGGGGGAGGCUAUGUCACAGAGCUCCAUAAACACCCUGAGAAGUUACCAAGGUGCAGAAAGCUUUGGUGCCUAUGAUGGAGACAACAGAGAGCAUGCUGGCUAUGAUUUAGAGCCUCAGAUAUCCAGGAUGGAUAGACAAAAUGGAAUAUUGCCACAGCAUGAAAACCAAAUAUCCAAUGACCUAUCAGUGGGAAAUAUAAACUUUCACCCACGUGCCCAGUUUAAUGAACCAGAGAGGGUAUCUCUUGACUCAUUCGCCUCAAACGAACAGUCAGAAGAUGGCUACCCUCACGUGGACUUGGACACCAUUGACAGUGGGUUUGGAGAGUGCAGCAGUCCUGGGGCAGCAGAGCACAGAGACUCAGAUCUAUUUCAUGAGCACAAAAACAAUACUUCAAAUUAUGUUAAGCAGUGGAUGAUCUGUAGCACUAUUCAAGAGGACUUGAGCAACUCAGAGAACAAACUCCAUGAAACACACUGAUCACUCCACAGCUGCUUUACAGUUUGUAGUGCUGUGGGACUUAAAUGAUGGACAUUAUUGUUUGUACUUCUAUUACAAAUACUUUAAAAGAAAUGUGUCUGAUCGUUUUAUAAUCUCGUAUAUUCUGUUACAUUUGAUAUGUUUUAGUUUUGCACAUAUUUCUUUUAUUAGACAGUCCAAGGAGAAAGAAUAAUUUUGAUUGUACAUAGAGGAAUGGCUGAAGAGUACCACUGCAGUAAUAUUUUUUUGGUGUUUAAUUAUAAUCAAAUUCAAUUGAUCAAUAAAUAUCAAUUUACAAAUAUAGAGAUGUUAUUCUUUACAGUGAGUUUUAAAUGCAUCAUAUGAAUGCUAAAUAAAUUAUUCAAGUUAUAUUAACUUUUUAUAAAUGUGUACAUUUAUUAAUAGAUUGUAAUAAUGAUCUGAGAAACUCUUAAAGUAUUCUGGGGGGACUCCAGUUUCCAUAGACAUGCAACAUGUGAUCAAAAUGUUUGCACUGUACUCUGAUUUAUGCAGCAGGAGGAUGUUUUUUGUUUUUUGUACAUACAGAUUAAUGGUCAUGCGUGGUACAUUAGCGUGUACUGUAGCACCAGGAUGCAUGCUGCAUCUUAUCAAGAUGCAGUUUUCUGAUAAUGUCUCCUUGCACUAACGCAGUCUGUUAGUAACCACAGUCACCUUACGUCCUGUUUUGUGCAAUGUCAGUAAAAAGAGCAAACAUGGCCCAAAUGUUAUUAUCUGUAAUCAUGAUUGAGUGAUUGUGUGUCUGACCAUGGUGUCGUUGGUUCGAACGAAGCAAAGAAACUUAUCAGACAAGCUUUUACAAACUAUCUUGAGAAGUUUUUCAGAGCACAUUGUUCUCUUUCACCAAAUGACAUAUUUCACAUUAUAUAACCACUGAACAUACACAAUGAUGGAAGUGCAACCAUUGUAAAAACUCACUCUAAUUUCACUCUAAACUGCUUUUAUUGUGUAUGUCUGCAAUUCUUGGUAAAAGUAGCCAUGACAACUAUUUAAUUAGAGUUUGAUGGCAUGCAUGUGUCAGGCUUUGAUGAACAUUGUUAACAGACAAUAUCUAAAGUGGGUUUUUCCCAUUGAAAAGGCCCCUGAUGACAGCUGUAGUGAAAGUGAAAGGGGAACAUGUGGCUGAUUACUGUCCACGUCCAGAGUGUCCUUGCUAGCUAAUGGUCCCAACGUAUAAGUCUGUUUCUUUGUUCAACACCAUCCUUCAUGUUAUAUCUACACUUCCCACCACUGUACAGUCCAUCAUAGGUUACUGUAUGUUAAAGCUAUAGUAACAUGGAGUGCAGUCCAUAAGUAAGGUGACAUGCUUUGUAUUGUAUUGGCUCUGUAUUCUAGGGGCUAAAAGUGCUGGCUUUCAGCUUUCAGAGUGA